AUGGAACAAACCGACGGAGAGACCGGCAUCGACAAUGGGACUUCUAUAUUCCCGAGCGAAUUCCCAGACCCUAGCAACCUGCUAGACCAACCCGGUUUUUCUGACUUUGGCUUCGCCUCUUUUCAGACCCCGUUUAGUAAUGGAGUCGAUCCUCAAUUUUUACACCCAGUCUCGGGCUUUGAAGACAGUCCAGUAGUCAACUCAAUUUCCCCGUUCGGGCCCACCGAAUCCCUAGCUGUUGCUACUCCAAACGUGCAAGCUGAAGCAAGUACUAUCUCAAGUCCACCAGCCAAGCCUGGGAAGCGACUCUCUCUCAACUCAGUCCGCAUUCUCAACAAAUGGCUCUCAAAUCAUACACACCACCCAUACCCCAGCGUCCGAGAUGUUGAAUCUAUUGAGAGACAGACCGGCUUGACUCGACAACAGAUCCUGAACUGGUUCGCCAACGCUCGUCGGAGAAAGAAGUUCAACCCACCAGAAACAACGGACACAAGUUCGGCAGAGGCAAGCCCCCGGGACAUACCUCUACGUCGACCGCCUACGCCGAUAGUCCAACAAAGUCCAUUCGAGCGAUGGGAGAACUCACCGCCCGAAGACGAGCCAUCCACCAUGGCCGCUAUCGCACGGGCAGUAUCUGGCGCAAGUGGUUCCAUCGACCAAUCCCAUGGUAUGCGAACGAGACACGGCAGAGCACCAUCGUCGACCGGUACCUGGGCAACAACCGACACUUCUGAUUCAAGUAGAAGCUCGAAAGCCUCGGGAUACUCACAUGCAUCCAACCGGUCACUCAGUAGAGUCAUCAAGAAGCGUCGGCGAGGAGGUCUGCGAGCCAGAAACAAUGAAAAGAGAGGUCUCUCUGUUACUUGCCAUCGCUUUCAGUGUACGUUUUGCACUGAGACGUUCAAGCUUAAGCAUACCUGGUCAAGACAUGAGAAGACACAACACCUGUCGCUUGAGCAAUGGGAGUGUUCUCCUCUUGGCCCAACAGCUGUCAAGGAUAAUUCUGAGACCGUCUGUGUUUACUGCGGGUUUGGGAACCCAGAUGAAUUCCACUUCGAGGAGCACAAUCAUGACCUGUGCCACAAACGCCAAAGAGGAGAGCGAAUGUUCUAUAGAAAGGAUCAUCUACGACAGCAUCUUCGUCUCGUCCACGGAUCAGAGUUUAUGAAGUGGCCAAUGGAGGAAUGGAAGUCUAAGCAUGAGGAUGUCACAUCACGCUGUGGAUUUUGUGAUAUCACUAUGACAACAUGGUCGGAGCGGGUGAACCAUCUUGCAGAGCACUUUAAGGAGGGCAGGACAAUGGCAGAUUGGAAAGGGAACUGGGGAUUUGAUGCUGUAACGCUCGAUAUGGUGGAGAAUCACAUGCCCCCUUACCUCAUUGACUACGAGCGCAACUCGCCUCUUCCAUUCUCUACGCAACAAGGUGCGCCGUACAGCGCAACAAGCGCCUUCGAAUUACUACAGCUGGAACUCGACUACUUCUACUCUAACUAUACCGACAUCAAUCACUGCAUCCCCUCCGACGAGGCUCUUCAUCUUGAAGCUUGCUGCAUUAUAUUCGGCGCAGAGAUGAACUACAAACACCCCUCAACAGCAGCAUCUUGGCUUCGCGACCUUAUAAUGAGCACCCAGGAUAUUGUCAGCAAAGCAAGAAUGACGCCCAUGAAGAGUGCAGCUAGGUCUCGAUUCUCAGAGCUGAAGAUCCAUAGUAAGAAAGAUAUCUUUGAGGAUUGCAAGCUUGAGGCGUCGUUAAGGCAGUAUGUCGACAUGUUGCAGUUGCUAAACUUGGAGAUUGGAGACGUCGAGUUGCAAAAAGAGGCUUGUUCGAUCAUCAACCAUAUGCCUGAUGUUUCGCCCAUGUUUAGUCAGUUGUUGAUUGGUUUGGUGUAUGGUUCAACAGUUUGGUUGGCCCAAUUUCGAGAAAGGGCAGGACUACCGCCGUCUGCAGUUGUUUCGUCAAACACGCCAGAGGGCUUCGUCCCUCUACUUUGUUCCGGCGGUCUUCCUGCGAUAUUCAGUAAUGAUCAGGAGCAGUGGAGUACACCGAGCGGUCCCGACUCUCCACCAACAUCUCUAGGACAGAAGAUCGUAUCGUUGAACGACGGCAACAUGUACAGAGGUCUGACCAGAGACUUGACCCGCUACGUCGCGAGAACCAUUUCGCCUCUGAAUCCAACAAGCCACAUCCCAACUGACGAAGAGCUCCAAUAUCAAGCACGAUGGAUCAUGUACGACAGCCACGAUGUAUGGAAUCAGACUCCAGCCGAUAAUCUAGAUUGGCUUACCGAGUUCAAAAGAGAAUCCGGCUUUUUCUAG